AUGGAUCGUGCGCGCAUGGCCCCGCUCCUCCUCCUCCUCCUGCUGCCUUUCGCAGCAGCCGCCCCUACCGCAGCCCCCACGGGGAAAUCCCCCCCCGCAGCCGCAAAAGCGCCCGCGCCCGCUCCGCCGAAGACCCUCCCGGCGUGCCCGCUCACGGGGAAGCCGGCGACGAAGCCGACGAUUCCGCACUCGCGCUGCGUGGAGGCGCAGCAGCUGUCGUGCUGCGAGGACUGUGCGGAUCUCACGUUCCCGAUACAAGCGCUCGCGGUUAAUGUUACUGCUGCCUUGGAGACGGUGUCGCAGGGAUAUCUUGAUAUGACGAAAGUCUCGCCAGAUGUAGGUGGUACUCGCUUGGGUGCUAAUGGUGCUUGGAUGGGUGAUAAUGGUACUCGCAUUGGUGCCAGUGCAGCUCGCGGCAUGAAUGCUCUGCGCGGCCUCGAGGAGUGCGAGCAGCUGAUCGAGCAACUCGUGUGCGCCGUCACGUGUAACCCAGAUUCCGGGUAUUAUUUCAUUGACACGCCCACGGGUCCCAACAUGCAAGUGUGCAAGGCCUUCGCACAGCAGGUCUACAACAAGUGCUCCAAAUUCGAUUGGUGA